CAUACACUACUCCUAUCACCAGUCCUCCAUGGAUAGGGAUCUUCAUGGCCUCGGAGUUUUCAAUACAGGCAUGUCCUUGACUUGGUUAUUGAAUCUCCUUUCUCAUCAGACUUGUCGACUGGGUACCUUGAAGACGCCAUAAUUCAGUGGAGUAAUCGCAGUAAACGGCGAAGAAUGUUGUCAUAUUCUCAUGACCGGACAAUGAAUGAACACUCAGAGAAAUACUGGGACAUGGAUGUUUAUGGGGACCCGUUGGCGAAUUUUUGCUACUUGAGAGGGAAUUAUGAUUUAAUUCCAGAAGAGAACUGCUUGAAACAUUGGUGUUGGGAGAGCAGCACCAUCAACCAUGGUCUGGCAGGCGCAAUGGAGAAGAAGAAAGGAGUGCCCGAGUUCCAUGAAAGUCGCUCUGCCUCGUCUUCCUUUCACAUGGACUCUCUGGCCACGGACCCGGAUGAAAAGGACCCCUCAUCUUCAACAGAAUGUGGGAUGUUGAAGAAGAAGAAGAAGAGGGUGACGUACCCUUUUGAUGUAGUAAAGCCGGGAGGGGAGGAAGGAGACGUGACCCUGGAAGACAUAAAUGAGAGAAUGCUCAUGCGUCCCACAAGGCCCAUAAGGCAUCCAGUGGGGGAGUUGGCCUAUCGCCCUUGUGCGUCUGCAAAUGGAUUUGGUCUUUCAGGGAAAGCAGUGGUGGCCCUCACUAGAAUCCGCACACAAGGAAGAGGCACUGUCACUAUUAUUAGGACUAGAGGUUAAUUGAUUGUAGCUUGCUUCUUCUUUUUUUGUUUUCUUUUAAGAACAGAUCGAUUCAAUAUUUGUAUAUGUGUUUCUGUACGAUAUAAAUCUAUAAAGAUUUCAAGUGGGCUUUUUCUUUUUGCUUUGGAUGGUUAUAUGCAUUAUUGGCCACAAUUAUGAAU